AUGUCAGAUGACGUGGAAACCAUUGGGCAGUUGGAGAGUGCCACCGACAACUCAUUUAGUGUACAAAACUGGACGUGGGGCCACGGCGUUGGAAGUGGUACAAAUGAUGAACAUUUACAACCCGUUUCGAUUGAAGGUGCUAUUGAGGCGGGCUCUUCCAUGUGGAGUGAGACCAGUGGACAUUCCCAGGAUUAUGGGGACGGCGCUGGCUAUUCCUCACAUAAUGAUGACUCAAUCGCUCCUACAGCAAGCACGGGUUCUCAUCGCAAAGGAAAACGUCCCCAGGAACGAUCAUUACGAUCGCUGUCUGCAGACUCAGACAAGGGAAUCCCAAAGUUCACCACAAAUCGGACUCUGAACUUGCUUCAUACUUUUUCGGAUUCUACUAGCAAUGAUGGGGUUGUCAAGGCUACGUACAAUGUCUGGAGAGAUCCUAUCCCACGAAUAAAUACCUAUACCCGAACUAUUCCCGUUAAAGGUAUUCUACGUCCUCCGCGUGAAAAGUUUCCGGAAAACCCAGCUCCAAUUCGAGAAGGCGUCGCUUCCCUUAAACUCAACAAGAAGGGUCGUGUUCCUCCAGGCGCGCGCUGGACAAAGAUCAGCCGAAAACUAGUAAAUCCCGAGGCCCUUGAACUCGGCAAAGAACGAUAUGAAGCGAGAGAGGACUUUGUUAUUGUGCUAAGGGUAUUGAGUAGUGAUGAGGUCCAGAGCUAUGCGGACGUAACGCAACGCAUUCGAGCUGCGCGCAAAGAAUUAGAGAAUGAUGAGGCCGCUGGACGCCGCCGAGCACGGGGGGAACGACACGAGCGUCAUAAGCGAGAGGGACAAGAGUCCUUCCGUGAUUCUAGUUCUGAUUCUGAAGCCGAAAAAGGAAUACAGGAUAAACUGGAUCAUAAUAGCAGCACUUUGACUCCGCCGUCGAAGACUAGCCAGUGGGAUCAGACUCCAAUCGGCCUCAACUCCUUUGGUGGUUCGGAUUUUAUGCCAGUUCCAAGCAUUCUCCCAAGCCCUGAAAUUUUACAUAUCCUGAAGGGCGCUUCAAUCCUAGCGAAGACGAAAUAUGAAACCGAGAUAGAAGAUACAAAACAACAAAGUAAUCUCAGCCCUAUUCACCAAAGAGCACCUACAAUUGAGAAGCUGGUCGCUCUACUUCUUGAUGACGACGUGAUCAAAUCACUCUGCAUUGAUGCUUUAUCCACUGUUGCCCAUGAACGGUUUGAGAGGAACCUCCGGAGAUUGUUAAAAGAUUUCGCGGUUGGGUUGCGGAGAGAAGCAGAAUCCAAGCAAGAACGCCAUGCAGCACAUUUCGUGCGUCUUCGGGCGAGGAACUCUGCGUAUAUGAUCUGCAGUACGUUGAGCAAGAAAAAAGCACAGAAAGUAGAUGAUAUCGAUCCCGACAUCGAAAAUCUCUCUGAAGAAAGUGACUCCGAUCGAUCUGAUGAUGAGGUUGAUUAUCUUCAACAGCUCGAAAGAUUCAUCAAAGCAUCUAAGGCUCUUGAAAUUUUGCGAGAAAAUUUAUAUGCUUUCGUUUAUUCUGCCGAGCAUAUAUCUCACUUUGGAGGCGUGCAUGGCCAGGAAAAAGGUCGAGAGUGCCCCAAAACUAUUCACUCUGCAAAUGAGAGUCAAUGCUUGAAUCCUCUAGAACCGGCCGACUGGGGAUCAGAUACGGACGACCGUGGACGUCAACGAGAACGACCAUCAUCGAAAGCCACGAGAGACACUGGGCCUGGGUAUAUGGACACCACGGGAAAAUUACCUAUCUCCAGAUCCAUUGUGAGCUCUUUCGACACAAACACAGUUGCAAAAGAUUACGGGUCGGACGGUUAUGGAUAUACAAAUCCACAGGACUUGGUUCGCCACGAUUUGUUUCUAGCACGAGAGAAUGUCCCUGUAUUGCCUCAACAAGUUACUAAGAGAUAUAGAUGUUACAGUGCGGAUAGUACUACAAGAGUUCUUAAUGGCAAAUCACUUAUAAAGGGCCUUGAAAUAGUGGAGCUUCCAUCCAGGAGCCAGCAGCAGGCUAAUAUCCGAAGGCCGCUUUCUACUUCAAGGGUUGAAGUUCUUAAAACUCAAAUCGUUCGAGAAAUUCCUACUACCAGAGUUGAUCAUAGCAUCGAUAAGUCAAAAGAAUCACUGGCGAUUCUUGACGAACCGGUAGUACACCCGAAAGCAAUACAAACAGGCAGAAAUAUGUGGGGGUUUGCACUCCAAACUGCCAUCAGGACUAAAAUGAGGGAAUUAUUGAAUGGGAACCAACAAGCAGUUCCUAAAGGAAAAGCCAGGAUCGAAUGGAAAUGUAAGUGUGGCCAUACGAUAACAGAUGACUUCACAGAGCUCCAACCUGGGGCAGCAGAUCGAUUGAGACAAACUCUUAGCCGGUCAACAACAAAUCUACCCGUGUCAAGCAAUUCAUCAAGCCUCAGUAAUUUCAGUCGAGCAUUUUCAAGUGGAUUACAGAGCUUAAGAGGUCUACUGACCUUCAGUAAAGACAAAGAUCUGGAAUCUGAUCUCCCAAUCCACGAAUUGCGAUCACCUAGUAACCCCACAGAUCACGAGCGGUCCCAACCCGAAACACCAGCAACACCAUCCAUGGAGUCGGCUUACCUUCCGGUAUGCUAUGAUCAAGGGAGAUACGCGACCCAAUUACUACAACUAGAUCUCACGAUACUUGAAGCAGAUUCGGACAAAGCUCUCUUCCAAAUCCUGCGUAAGAGUUACCAUGAUUUGAGGCCAAGUUGGCGAUCUUGGAUAUCCCUGCGCACACUUGAGAGCAUUAGAUUUGUGCAUUUCGAGAUGUACAAAAGCGAAUUAGUGGAUGUUAGAAAGCAAGACGAUGUUCCACCCCCCGAGGACAUAGACUAUCGUUACAAGCCCGCACCUCCUGAAAUAAUACCUCCGGUUGGAAGUAAGUAUUUGAUGCAUGUGUUUCAGCAUCCGGAUUGUGCUGAGGAGGAAUCGCUGUGCCUUUCGAGAUUUCCAAAGAAACUGAAGGAAAGGCUGAGAUGCAGGGGUGGGAUCAAGCCCGGCUGGGGGUUGCAAUAUGAGGAUGGCUUGGAUAUUAAGAAGCUCUGGAUUACUUUAUUCGUAGUUUUUGGUCUUGGGAGUUUGACUAUAGGAAUCUCCUGGGCGAUACUGAAACACAGCAUCCAAGAUGCCUUCGCGAUUGCUGCAUACCUUCUGGCUUUCGCCACCGUUACCGUUGGAACUGUACGGGCCUUGCUGGUGAUGUGA